GAGUGAGUGACCGCCGAACACCUUCCAGAGUCUGAAGCCUGCAGGAAUGCACACUCCAUGCCAUACCCUCCCGUGACUCUUAAAGAGGCGAUAACAUUGGGCGAUGCUGCCUGGGUGACCAUCAAGGGGCAAAAAUGGGUGUCAGCUCUGCUACUCUUGUUUUAGCAGCAGCUGUGUCCACCCUCGGUGGGCUCAUAUUUGGAUAUGAACUGGGGAUCAUAUCCGGAGCGUUACUUCAGUUGAAGAAUGCGUUGUACCUCACCUGCGCCCAACAAGAAGUCCUGGUCGGUGCGUUGCUGGUCGGCGCUCUUCUGGCUUCGCUCUUUGGAGGGUUCGUCAUUGACCGUUCUGGAAGGAGGACCUCAAUACUUGGCAGCAAUGUGGUGGUGUUGGUCGGAAGUCUUAUUUUAAUCGUGUCUAAUUCUUUCUGGUGGCUCGUCGUCGGAAGAGUGGUCAUUGGGGUUGCCAUAGCCAUCUCAUCCAUGGCGUGCUGCAUUUACGUCUCUGAAAUAGUACGCCCUCACCAGCGCGGAAUGCUCGUGACUCUCUACGAAAUGGGCGUUACCGUGGGAAUUCUCGUUUCCUAUGCAAUGAACUACUUUCUAUCAAACUUAAAUAUGGGCUGGAAGUAUAUGUUUGGACUGGCCAUUUCUCCAGCCGCCAUACAAUUCAUCAGUAUCCUUUUCCUUCCUUCCAAAUCUACAGACCGUGUUUUUAUUGAAAUGCAGGACAUUGAGGACGACGGCAAACCAAAUCCACCAAAAAGACAUUUUUCUUUUUUUGAUCUCUUUAAGUCUAAAAAUAAUAUGAGAAGCAGGACUCUGGCGGGUCUAGGCUUGCUCCUAUUUCAACAAUUCACAGGGCAACCCAACGUUCUUUAUUACGCCUCGACGAUAUUUCACUCGGUGGGAUUCCAAAGCGAUUCGUCUGCCCUUCUAGCGUCCGUAGGACUCGGGGUGGUCAAGGUCCUCUCCACUUUAGUUGCCCUGAGUUGCGCGGACAGAGCCGGACGUCGAAUCUUGCUUAUCGCGGGGUGCCUGGUGAUGACCGCCUCCCUCACCGGGAUCGGGAUCUUAUGUUUUAACAUCGAACUGGACAGCCGCAAAGACUGUGAAUUCCUUUCCAAGAUGAAUCCUUCUCAGGAUCUUUCUAAUUCUUCUCUAAUGUUUCCAAACGCCUUUGAUGGAGCGACCACAAGGAGCCGUCAAACCCGCCAGAGCGUCUCGGUGACAAGAGAGCUUCCGCCAGGUGGGACCGGCAACCGCACAACCCUAACCUCUUCUUCUUUUGGUGCGUGGAGUACGGAGGAGUCGCUUCCGCCGAGCAAAGACAGUUCAAAGUUCAGGACGACGCGUGCUGCCGGCGCUCAGCCCCUUAACGAUCACGUUAUUUUAAAUUGGAUUACUCUGUUGAGUAUGAUGACUUUUGUAAGCGCUUUCUCUAUUGGAUUCGGACCAAUGACCUGGUUAGUCCUCAGUGAAAUAUUUCCGGAAGGAAUCCGGGGAAGAGCAUUUGCGUUCUGCAACAGCUUUAACUGGGCGGCUAAUCUUCUGGUCAGUCUUUCCUUUCUAGAUGUCAUCGAUUCUAUCGGUCUGCCGUGGACGUUCCUCCUCUAUGGCAUGAUGGGGGUUUUUGCCACUAUAUUCAUUUAUUAUUUUAUUCCUGAAACUAAAGGCCGCUCUCUCGAUGAAAUUGAUAAAGAGUUUUCAUCUACAAGGUUUACAAAAGGAAAUGCGAUUUGGGAAAAUGUCGGAAGGAGGUCGCUUUCUGAUCCUAAAUAUGAAAUAAUGGGAAGGUCCAACACGUCGGUCUCCAGCGCUUCAACCAGCUCCUAAAAUACCUGCGUCUCUGCGGAAAAAAUCCUUCAAUGCGUCGUUUAAAUGGAUGUUUUCAUGGUGUCGUCACUGUAUAACUAUGAUGGAAAUUAAAAAACAAAAUAAAAAACAAA